UGGGCCGCGUCCUCCUGAGCCGUGGCGGUGGCGGCGGCAGCGGUAGCCUCAGCUCCUGCUCCCCGUGCCGCCGGCCCCAGAGCUGUCUCCCGGGCCCCCCCGGGCCCCCGGGCCCUCGAGCCCGGUGCGCGCCCUCGCGUCCCGCCGGCCCCCUCCCCCGGCUGGGCCCGGGGGAGGGUGGCGCCGUGAGCGAGCGGGGACCGGGCUCUCCUGCCCCUUCCCCUGCCCCUGGGCCGCCAGGAUGGAGGCGGGGUCGGGGCCCCCGGGCGGUCCGGGAUCCGAGAGCCCCAACCGGGCGGUGGAGUACCUGCUGGAGCUGAACAACAUCAUCGAGAGCCAGCAGCAGCUGCUGGAGACCCAGCGGCGGCGCAUUGAAGAGCUGGAGGGCCAGCUGGACCAGCUCACCCAGGAGAACCGCGACCUGAGGGAGGAGAGCCAGCUGCACCGCGGGGAGCUGCACCGGGACCCCCACGGCGCGCGGGAUAGCCCCGGCCGCGAGAGCCAGUACCAGAACCUGCGCGAGACCCAGUUCCACCACCGCGAGCUGCGGGAGAGCCAGUUCCACCAGGCGGCUCGGGACGUGGGCUACCCGAACCGGGACGGCGCCUACCAGAACCGGGAGGCAGUGUAUCGGGACAAGGAGCGGGACGCCGCCUACCCGCUCCAGGACACUACCGGCUACCCAGCCCGCGAGCGCGACGUGGCCCAGUGCCACCUGCACCACGAGAACCCAGCCCUGGGUCGCGAGCGUGGCGGGCGGGAGACGGGGCCAGCUCACCCGGGCCGCGAGAAGGAAGCCGGCUAUUCGGCGGCGGUGGGCGUGGGGCCCCGGCCACCGCGGGAGCGGGGCCAGAUGAGCCGUGGCGCAUCCAGGAGCUCCAGCCCCGGGGCCGGCGGCGGCCACAGCACCAGUACCAGCACCAGCCCGGCCACAACCCUCCAGAGAAAAUCUGACGGUGAGAAUUCCAGGACAGUCAGUGUGGAGGGUGAUGCCCCAGGCAGUGACCUGAGCACAGCAGUUGAUAGUCCUGGGAGCCAACCCCCCUACCGGCUGAGCCAGCUGCCCCCCACCAGCAGCCACAUGGGGGGCCCCCCAGCUGGGGUGGGCCUUCCCUGGGCUCAGCGAGCUCGCCUCCAGCCAGCCAGUGUCGCCCUGAGGAAGCAGGAGGAGGAGGAGAUAAAGCGCUCCAAGGCCCUAUCGGACAGCUAUGAACUCUCCACGGACCUACAGGACAAGAAGGUGGAAAUGCUGGAGAGGAAGUAUGGGGGCUCCUUCCUGAGCCGCAGGGCUGCCAGGACCAUCCAGACGGCCUUUCGCCAGUACCGCAUGAACAAGAACUUUGAGCGGCUCCGCAGCUCAGCCUCAGAGAGCCGCAUGUCCCGCCGCAUCAUCCUUUCCAACAUGAGGAUGCAGUUCUCCUUCGAAGAGUACGAGAAGGCACAGAACCCCGCGUACUUCGAGGGCAAGCCUGCCUCGCUGGACGAGGGCGCCAUGGCUGGUGCUCGGAGCCACCGGCUCGAACGAGGGCUCCCCUACGGAGGCUCCUGUGGAGGGGGCAUCGAUGGUGGCGGAAGCUCCGUCACCACAUCCGGAGAGUUUUCUAAUGACAUCACAGAGCUCGAGGACUCCUUCUCCAAACAGGUAAAGUCUCUGGCUGAAUCCAUUGAUGAGGCCCUGAACUGCCACCCAUCAGGGCCCAUGUCUGAGGAGCCAGGGUCAGCCCAACUGGAGAAGCGGGAGUCAAAGGAACAGCAGGAGGACAGCUCGGCCACAUCCUUCAGUGAUCUUCCCCUCUACUUGGAUGACCCAGUUCCCCCACCAUCCCCUGAGCGACUGCCCAGCACAGAGCCCCCACCCCAGGGCCGGCCCGAGUUCUGGGCACCAGCCCCUCUCCCGCCAGUUCCUCCACCAGUGCCACCAGGGACCCGGGAAGAUGGUGCCCGUGAGGAAGGCACUCGCAGGGGUCCUGGGUGCUUGGAGUGCCGGGAUUUCCGGCUGCGGGCCGCCCACCUUCCCCUGCUUACCAUUGAGCCUCCUAGUGACAGCUCCGUGGACCUGAGCGACCGCUCAGAUCGCGGCUCUGUCCACCGCCAGCUGGUGUAUGAGGCUGAUGGCUGCAGCCCCCAUGGGACCCUGAAGCACAAGGGGCCACCGGGCAGGGCCCCGAUCCCACACCGCCACUACCCAGCCCCGGAGGGCCCAGCCCCAGCCCCGCCAGGGCCCCUGCCCCCAGCCCCCAACAGUGGCACCGGGCCCAGUGGUGUGGCUGGGGGUCGGAGGUUGGGGAAGUGUGAGGCAGCAGGCGAGAACUCUGAUGGUGGAGAUAAUGAGAGCCUCGAGAGCUCCAGCAAUUCCAACGAGACCAUCAACUGCAGCUCUGGCUCCUCCUCGAGGGACAGCCUGAGGGAGCCUCCAGCCACAGGCCUGUGCAAGCAGACUUACCAGCGGGAGACGCGGCACAGCUGGGACUCGCCAGCCUUUAACAACGACGUGGUGCAGAGGCGGCAUUACAGAAUUGGCCUCAACCUGUUCAACAAGAAGCCAGAGAAGGGCAUCCAGUAUCUGAUUGAGCGGGGCUUCCUGUCAGACACACCGGUGGGAGUGGCUCACUUUAUCCUGGAACGGAAAGGCCUGAGCCGGCAGAUGAUAGGGGAAUUCCUAGGGAACCGGCAGAAGCAGUUCAACAGAGACGUGUUGGACUGUGUGGUGGAUGAGAUGGACUUCUCCUCCAUGGAUUUGGAUGACGCACUCCGGAAGUUCCAAUCCCACAUCCGGGUUCAAGGCGAGGCCCAGAAAGUAGAGCGACUCAUCGAAGCCUUCAGCCAGCGGUACUGUGUGUGUAACCCAGCCCUUGUGCGCCAGUUCCGGAACCCAGACACCAUCUUCAUCCUUGCUUUCGCUAUCAUCCUCCUCAAUACCGACAUGUACAGUCCCAGCGUCAAGGCUGAACGCAAGAUGAAACUAGAUGACUUCAUCAAGAACCUGAGAGGGGUUGACAAUGGUGAGGACAUCCCCCGAGACCUCCUUGUGGGCAUCUACCAGCGUAUCCAGGGGCGUGAACUGCGAACCAAUGAUGACCAUGUGUCCCAGGUGCAGGCCGUGGAGCGCAUGAUUGUGGGCAAGAAACCGGUCUUGUCUCUUCCCCACCGUCGACUGGUUUGCUGCUGUCAACUCUAUGAGGUGCCAGACCCAAACCGCCCCCAGCGGCUAGGGUUGCAUCAGCGGGAAGUCUUCCUCUUCAACGAUCUCCUUGUGGUCACCAAAAUUUUCCAGAAGAAGAAGAUCUUGGUGACGUACAGCUUCCGUCAGUCCUUUCCUCUCGUGGAAAUGCACAUGCAGCUCUUCCAGAAUUCAUAUUACCAGUUUGGGAUCAAGCUGCUGUCCGCAGUACCUGGCGGGGAACGCAAAGUCCUCAUCAUCUUCAACGCGCCCAGCCUCCAGGAUCGGCUGCGCUUCACGUCCGACUUGCGCGAGUCCAUUGCCGAGGUGCAGGAGAUGGAGAAAUACCGCGUGGAGUCGGAGCUAGAGAAGCAGAAAGGUAUGAUGCGGACUAACGCCUCACAGCCCGGAGGGGCCAAGGACUCAGUGAAUGGCACACUGGCCCGCAGCAGCCUGGAGGACACGUAUGGGGCAGGCGAUGGGCUCAAACGGGGCGCGCUCAGCAGUUCCCUGCGAGACCUCUCUGACGCAGGGAAGCGGGGGCGGCGUAACAGCGUGGGAUCGCUGGACAGCACCAUCGAAGGGUCUGUUAUUAGCAGUCCACGCCCUCACCAGAGGAUGCCACCUCCACCCCCACCCCCGCCGCCAGAGGAGUACAAGAGCCAGAGGCCCGUCUCCAACUCCUCAUCCUUCCUGGGCUCCCUGUUUGGAAGCAAGCGGGGCAAGGGGCCCUUCCAGAUGCCACCACCGCCAACGGGCCAGGCCUCUGCCUCCUCCUCAUCUGCUUCUUCCACCCACCACCACCACCACCACCACCACCAUGGUCACAGCCACGGUGGCCUGGGGGUGCUGCCUGACGGGCAGUCCAAGCUCCAGGCCCUGCAUGCCCAAUAUUGCCAAGGACCAGGCCCUGCCCCGCCGCCCUACCUCCCACCCCAGCAGCCCCCUCUUCCCCCACCUCCUCAGCAGCCCCCACCCCUGCCCCAGCUGGCCUCCAUCCCACCACCGCCCGCCUCGGCCCCACCCGUGGGGCCACAUCGCCACUUCCAUGCCCACGGCCCAGUCCCAGGCCCCCAGCACUAUACCUUGGGCCGGCCAGGCAGGGCCCCCAGACGGGGGGCUGGAGGACACCCUCAGUUUGCUCCACAUGGCCGCCACCCCCUGCACCAGCCCACAUCCCCAUUGCCCCUGUACAGUCCUGCCCCCCAGCACCCUCCAGCCCACAAACAGGGCCCCAAGCACUUCAUCUUCAGCCACCACCCACAGAUGAUGCCAGCAGCGGGGGCCACUGGGGGCCCUGGAUCCCGGCCACCAGGGGGCUCCUACUCCCACCCUCACCACCCCCAGUCACCCUUGUCACCGCACUCCCCCAUCCCACCCCAUCCUUCCUACCCACCCCUGCCCCCACCCUCACCCCACACCCCACACUCGCCCCUGCCGCCCACCUCCCCCCAUGGCCCACUGCACGCCUCUGGGCCCCCUGGCACGGCCAACCCACCCAGUGCGAACCCCAAGGCCAAGCCAAGCCGGAUCAGCACCGUGGUCUGAUGAACGGAGGGAGCGAGCUGGGGCCCAGGGAGGUCUGGGGAAUCCACAAGAGAUUCCCCGGUUUUUCCAAAAUAUAUAUACACAUAGAGAUGUCCUCCUCCCCACUUCCUCCCUGCCUCGGAACCUCUCCUCUAACCCCCAACAGGCGCCGUGGGGUUUCCUUCCAGAUUCAAGGAUCCUUGCCACUUGAAGCCUGGACACAGGGCUCUCAAGCUCUGGGGAGUGGUGAGGACCUUUUGGAGAUCCUCGUCCUUUUUUUUUUAUUUUUUUUCCUCUCUCCAUCCCCCACCCCGACCCCCGCUCCCCAGAGGUGGCCUCAGACCUCUGGGCCAGUGUGGGCUCCCUGUCAGCUCUGGCUGGUAGAGAAGGGCAGGCAGGUGUCAGGAGCGGUGAGGGUGAAGGCUUCCCCAGAGCACCUCUAGCCACACGGGGCUAGAGGGAGUUCUGUAGAGUUGUGGCCAAACCUCAGCUGGCUCAGCCCUCUCUCAGACCUCAGGGCCUGGCUAAAUCCCUCCAUGUGUCUCUCCACCUGCCAGAGGAACAGGGCUGUCGGUGCCCUCGGUGGGUGGGCCCCCACUAAGGCUGGCCCCCCAAAGGGGCAGUGCUUCCCCUCCAGAACCAGCCUCUGUCCUUUCUCCAGUGGGCCCCAGCCCAGACCUCUUCAGCUUCAGGACCUUGCCUCUCACAGCAACGUUCUUACCCUGAUCAAAGUCCAGACAAGUUUGGGGGGCGGGGGCUCAGGUCUGGGAUGAGAAGGGCACUGCCCUCCCUCACCCAUAUUGCAUGCCCCCCCCAUUCCCUUACACCUACCCCACCUACAACCGAAGACAAUGCACUUUACAGAUCUUCUUGCCCACAUACACCUCGCUGGGGCAAGGGCACCCAGCAUUAGCCCUGGGGAGAGAGGCUCCCAGAGGGCCACCAUAAGCCCAUGAUGUCCUUCCUGAGGCAGAUUGAAGCCAUCAGAGCGGGGGCUGGGAGCCAGGAUGCCUGAGUCCUUCUGUCCGUCAAAAUCUCUGCUGCCUCUCCAGCCCCUUUACAGCCCUGUUUAUUUAUUAUAAAUAUAUUUUUUACAAGCCCCAGCUCCUCUUCUUGCCCCGCAUACCCAGCUCCUUUCUCAGCUCCUGCCUCCCUCUCCCCCCCUCCACCGUGGGCUGCAGUACAGACAGACAGACCCUGGCUGUAUGAAGGUCCAGGGACCCAGGGGCUUGGGGGUGGGGGAGGGCAGCAGCCGGAGGGGCUGUACGGAGAGGAGCUGGGGUUCAGGCAUUGUCUUUUUUCCUCCUUGUAUAUAAGAAUGUAUAUUUGAUGCCUCAUAAAAGACCUUGUGCUCACCUCCCGCCUCUGCCUCCUACUUAUGCCCCCUCCCCCCCGGGGUGGAGCCCAUGGAGAGAGAGGCCUUUAGCCCCGGGAGGUGAGGACUAAGGGUAGCAGCCAGGCACCUGGGUGGGUGAGAUGCCUUGGUUGGGUGCGAGGUGGGGGAGGAGGGAGGUUUCCCCUUCUCAGCUCAUUAACUCACUAACUGCCUGCCGGACCGCAGCAAGGGUGUGGGCUUUGGAGUUGAGCCAGUUCAAAUCCUGGGACUUUCCCUCCUGAGGCAUGCACACUUGGGAAAAGCACCCUCUCAGUCUCGGUUUUCUUAAUUUAAAACUGGAGGUGAUGAGCCGUUGCCACAGGGAGUCGCGAUGAUGACAGGCCGUGACGAAUGUCAAGCAGACAGCAUGGAGCAGGUGCUCUUGGGAAGUUUAGUUCCCCGCUCUUCCUUUCACAGGUUGGAGACUUCCUUCUGCUCUUGUGCCACCUAUGCUCACCCUUCCAGUGGCUGGCCCGGCUAUGCCCUGGGGCCUUCCCCACCCAGCACGCCCCCCGCCCCGGGGUGAGCCGUGUUUCUGCCCUUGGGUGGGGGUGGGUAGGUGACCUGAGCCAGGAAGCCAGGGGCUAGAUCCAUUAUAAGAGCUCUUACGUGUAUAUACUUAGGUUGUCAGGUAACAGAUGGCUGGAUUUUCCUCAGCUUACACAGGAGGGGACAAGUCCAGAGAAGGGAAGGGUCUUUUCCAAGGCCACACAGCAAGUCGGGACAGGGGUUCCUGACUUCGAGGCCAGGCCACUCUCCAGUCCCCCAAACUGCCCCCCCCCCCCGGAAAUGAACAUGUUUCCAGCCCCGCCGAUUAUGUCCUGGCAAAGUCCAGGAGGAAUGGGGCAGAGCGUUGGCUCUUGGUUAGGGUCAGCAGGGUCCCCAGAAGCAGCAGCCGGUAAACAUUUUUGGUGCCUUCUUAGAGUCUGGAAUAGCCUCUUAGAGGGAAUGGUUUGAGGGUCCCUCGCUAGCAGCUUGGACCUAUGUCUCAGUUUUCAUCUUUGUAUGCACAUUCGAGUGGAAGAAGCAGCUGGGGCCAUCUAACCAUUUGAUGCCUCCUCGAGGACCCAACCUGAGCUUUCGAAGAGCUUAGAUCCACAGGGCCCAGAAUGAAAUCCAAUAAGCAUUCUGCUUGUUUGUUUCUUCCCUGGUGAGCCAGGCUGGACUCUCCCUUCUCCCACCUUCAACUUGAUGCUGGUUUUGUCUUCCCAAAGCUUAGCUGUUAGCACUCGAAUCCUGGCUCAGUCUCAGACUUGACCGUGUUGCCUUUGGCAAAUCACCUAGCCCCUCAGAGCCUGGUCUUUCACCUGUAUAAUAUGGGUAAUAAUCUUGCAGGGAAAUUGUUAACAGAUGCAUGUGAAAUGCCUGCCUCCUGCCAGACACACAGUAAAGCUGUUCUCUGCCACCUACAGAAACGAACGCAAACUCCUUGUCUUGACACUGGAGGUCCUCCACCACGCGGCCCCAGUCGAACUCCUCAUCCUCAUUCCUCGCCCACACCUCGACCACCCACUCAUUGUUCCCUGAGAAGGCCUGUGCGUAAUUUUCCGGCUCCGUAUUUUACCUGUGCCUGCCCCCACCCCCGCCAAAAGUGCUCCCCUCCCCCCCCCAGCCUCCCUGAGGAAGUUUUCCUCACUCUGCUGAGAUGGGCUUAAAAGGCCCAUCCCUCACAAAAUGUGCCCUUGAUCACAUCCUCUGAGAUCCUUCAUGUCGCUAUCUUUCUUCCCCACCAGGCCCUAAGUGGCUCAAGAAUGACAACGGUCUGAAUCAUCGCUGUUUAGAGCGUUGCACAGCACAGAUAACACGGAAAUUCUGUUGAUUUGAAUGAAUGUAUAGUUCUUUCUAAGCUGACUCUUAGAGUAAGGUAUCUUUGCAUUGGUUGGCUUACUGAUUGGUGCAACCUGCGUAUCGAGCUUCUGGGCCCCCUGGGACCUCUUCGUGCCUCCUUCAGCUCUUUCCUAUGUUCUCCCUGCCCCUCCUCAUUGCAGCACCAGCACUGGGCUGUCCCUGCCCCCGCGCCCCCCCCAACUCCCCGGAGCCUCACCAUCCAGACUGUGGAGGAGGGGUAAUUUGAUUCCUCGCCUCCCCAUUUCUUUGAGGGCCUGAAGACAAGAAGCCCAGUGGCUGUCUGGCCAUCAGAGGCUCUACUGCCAGUCUCUUUGGGGAUGUGGAUGGGAAGGGGCAACACAUAACAAAGGACAAAGGUCCUAGAUUCUCACAGAGUUCUUUGUCUUAGACCAGUGCUGUCCAAUAAGUCUUUCUGGGAUGAUGGAAAUGUCCUAUAUUUGUGCUGUCCAGUACAGUAACCCCUAGCAAAUGUGCCUAUUGGGCACUUGAAAUGUGGCCAGUGCAACCGAGGAACUGAUUUUUUUUUUAAUUUAAAUAGAAAUAGCCACAGGGCGCCUGGGUGGCUCAGUCGUUAAGCGUCUGCCUUCGGCUCAGGUCAUGAUCUCAGGGUCCUGGGAUCAAGCCCCGCAUCAGGCUCCCUGCUCAGCGGGGGGCCUGCUUCUCCCUCUCCCACUCCCCCUGCUUGUGUUCCUGUUCUCGCUGUCUCUCUCUGUCAUAUAAAUAAAUAAAAUCUUUAAAAAAAAAAUAAAUAGAAAUAGCCACGUGUGGGUGGUGGCUACCAUAUUGGACAGAGCAGGACAAGACAAGUUCAGGAGGGAACAGCCUGGCAGGGAUAAUGUCCAUGCCAUAUGAUACUAAGUACA